AUGCACUUGACCAUGCGUAACUUUACGCGUACGAAUGCUCCCGCCUCAAACCUCGUCUCUCCAACAGAAUUCCACACCAUCAUCUUCAUCAUCUUCAUUAUUGCUAAUACUACUUUAGGAAACAACUCUGCAACCACAUACUACUUCUGCACUCCUUCCAGUCUCUUACUUCUUCUAGUUGAGGUUGUUGGUUCAGGAGGGGUUUUCUUGCUUGCGCGCGCCGAGAGUGCCUUGACUUUUCUAGUAGAGACAGCUGAGGGUGCGCCCACCGAGCCUGCCGAUAGACUGCCCUUAGAGCUCGCCGGCAGCGCGUCCGCUGAGAGCACGUCCGCCGAGCUAGCCGAGGGAGUGCCCUUAAAGCCAGCCGAGAAUGCACUUGCCGAGCCUGCCGAGGGCGCGUCCGCCGAGAACACACCAGCCGAGAACACGCCUAGCGAGAACCCGCCCGGCGAGCCUACCGAGAGACUGCCCUUCGAGUCUGCCGAGAACGCGUUGGCCGAGCCAGCCGAGAGACCACCCGUAGAGCCAGCCGAGAACGCGCUCGCCGAGCCUGCCGAGAGCGCACCUGCCGAGAGUGGGUCCGCCGAGAGCGGGUCCGCCGAGAGCGGGUCGGCCGAGAACACGCCUGCCGAGAACACGCCUGCCGAGAACAUGCCUACCGAGAACCCGCCCGCCGAGCCGGCCGAGAGACUGCCCGCAGAGCCUGCCGAGAACCCGCUCGCCGAGCUUGCUGGGAGCGCGUCUGCCGAGGGCACGUCUGCCGAGGGCACGUCUGCCGAGGGCACGUCUGCCGAGGGCACGUCUGCCGAGGGCACGUCUGCCGAGGGCACGUCUGCCGAGGGCACGUCUGCCGAGGGCGCGUCUGCCGAGGGCACGGCUGGCGAGGACACGUCUGCCGAGGGCACGUCUGCCGAGGGCACGGCUGGCGAGGACACGGCUGGCGAGAGGGCGUCCGCCGAGCCAGCCGAGAGCUUAGGCGCACGUUUGCGAGACAAUCGGUUUCUUUUCUGUUCCGGUUUCAUGGCGAGUAACUUUUCCUCCUCGCAGCGCCAUCUGCGCAAAUACCGUUAUUCCCAGUUUGAAUUCGGUCGUAAAGGCUCGUCUCUCGGGGUUGGGAUCGGUAGGCUUUCGUUUGGGGCCGGGCUUGGAUUUGGGUGGUGGACGGAUGACCAGUUCGUCAUCGUCAUCAUCAUCGUCAUCAUCGUCUUCGUCUAA